AUGGCUUCCAGAAAGCGAAAACGGCUGUCAUUCUCAGAAAAAUACGCGAUUUUGGCCGAACUCGACUCCGGCGUGUCACGGAAUGCGUUGGAAAAGAAGUACGACGUCCCUCACGGUACUUUAGCUGGCAUCAUCAAAGACAGGCGUCGAAUAGAAGAAGCAGUUGCCAACGGAACGAGCCUAGGUGCUAAGAGUUCAAAGUUAUCGAGAUAUUCUCAGAUCGACGCUGCUCUGCUUGAGUGGUUUCGUCGAAUUAGAGCCAAUUGUCCAGAAACUCCGAUAACUUGUCUGGAGAUUCUAACGAAGGCAACCGCAAUAGGAAAAGAGCUGAAAAGAAGAGAAGUUGCUGCUUACGAGUCGUUUGACGAAAAUUGCCUCGAUCUCAAUUGGGUGGAUCGCUGGAAGAAGAGGAAUGCGAUAGCAUCGAAGAAAAUGCACGGCGAAAGUCAAUCAGCUGACAAAAAUGCUGCAGCUGAUUGGGUGCAAAAUCAGCUGGAAUUGAUUCGACAAGAAUUCUCUGAUGACGACAUCUUUAAUGCAGAUGAAACUGCGCUAUUUUGGAGACUCAUGCCUGAUAGAACCCUCGCAUUCAAAGGUGAAAAGUGCCGAGGAGGAAAACAUUCUAAGGAACGCCUAACAAUUCUUGUCACCGCCAGCGCUACGGGAGAAAAAUUGUCUUUAUUUGCUAUUGGCAAAAGCAAGAAACCACAUUGCUUUCGCGGUGUGGCAAACAUUCCCGUAGCUUACGAUGCUAACAGAACUGCUUGGAUGACGAAGCAGUUAUUUGAGCCGUGGCUGAGAAAGUUAAACGCAAAAAUGCUUGGCCAGAAAAGAAAAAUUGCGUUGAUUCUUGACAAUUUUUCAGGCCACCCUCAGGUUGCCUUGUCAAACGUGAAAGUAUUCUUUCUUCCUCCAAACACAACGUCUAUAGUCCAGCCAAUGGAUGCAGGCAUUAUAAAGAACUUGAAGUUUCACUAUAGGCGAUUGUUGAUGAAGAAGCGAUUGCUCUGCUACGAAACGGAAACGCCAUUUGCAAUUAACGUUCUUCACGCUUUAGAGUGGCUAAAAAUAGCAUGGGAAUUGGUUGAUGCUCAAGUCAUUCGCAAUUGCUAUUGCCACGCAGGAUUUCGUCGCGUGGGUGAAGGAGUGGAAGAGCCGCGUCUUCCGCAUUCCUUUCCGCUUUGGAGCAACGCAGAGGAUGCUGGUCUCACACAAGGGAUUGACUGGACCGAAUUCGUUGACGUAGACCAAUGUGUUGCUGUGGGGCCUAGCAAAACAAGAGAACCACUCGAUGAAAGCACUAGCUCUGACGAAGAAGAUGUCGAAGAAAUUGAUACUUCUCCUCCACCAUCGUUCAAAGAGGCUAUGACAAGCAUUGGAUCAGCAUUGGACUAUCUUCGGACAAUUCAAGGGUCAGAGGCAGAGUGCCUGAAAUUGGCAAAUAUUCGUGAGUAUAUGGUGGACCAAUACUUCAAAAACCAAAAGCAACAGCGCAUUGAACAGUACUUUAAACCCAUAAAUGAAAACUAG